GAGGGGUGUCUGUGGAGAAGUGACACCGGCCAUGGACCAGCCAGCUGGCCUGCAGGUGGACUACAUCUUCCGGGGUGUGGAGCAUGCUGUGCGGCUGGUGGUGUCUGGACAGGUGCUAGAGCUGGAAGUGGAGGACCGGAUGACAGCUGAUCAGUGGCGGGGCGAGUUCGAUGCCAGCUUCAUUGAAGAUCUGACUCAUAAGACGGGGAACUUCAAACAGUUCAAUAUCUUCUGUAACAUGCUGGAGUCGGCUCUCACCCAGAGCAGUGAGUCGGUUACCCUUGACCUGCUGACCUACACAGAUCUGGAGUCCCUGCGGAAUCGCAAGAUGGGGGGCCGCCCGGGCCCCUUGGCCUCGAGAUCGGCCCAGCUCAACUCCAAGCGCUACCUGAUCCUCAUCUACUCUGUGGAGUUUGACAGGAUUCACUACCCGCUGCCCCUCCCGUACCAGGGCAAGCCAGACCCUGUGGUCCUGCAGGGCAUCAUCCGCUCACUGAAGGAGGAGCUGGGCCGCCUUCGAGGGCUGGACGGCCAGGAUGCUCGGGACACCCGGGAGACUGAGAUCUGGCACCUGAGGGAGCAGGUUUCACGCCUGGCAUCUGAGAAGCGAGAACUGGAGGCGCAGCUGGGCCAAUCUCGAGAGGAGGCUCUGGCAGGGAGGGCUGCGCGCCAGGAGGCCGAGGCGCUGCGUGGGCUCGUCAGGGGCCUGGAGCUGGAGCUGCGGCAAGAGCGGGGCCUUGGACACCGCGGGGUUGGCCGCCGCAGCCAGGAUUGCCGGCGCCUGGCCAAGGAGCUCGAGGAGGUGAAGGCUUCGGAGCGGAGCCUGCGUGCCCGGCUUAGGACCGUGAACACCGAGCUGGAGGUGUACAAGAGGGGGAGACGGACUCCGCCGGUGCCGCCGCCCCGGGCCCGGGAGGUACGGGCUUCGACGUCGCGGGAGCGCUCCACAUCGCGCGGUCGCGGUGCCACCCGCUCUUCUUCCCGGGAGAGCGGCCGGGGGGGCCGGAGUCGAGGCCGCCCUGCCCGCCCCUCACCCUCGCCCACAGGUAGUCGCGUGCCCCGUUUCGACCCCACAGCCUUUGUGAAAGCCAAGGAGAAGAAGCAGAGAGAGAUCAAGAUGAAGCAGCAGCAGCAGCGGAACCGAUUGGGCAGUGGAGGAAGCGGGGACGGCCCGUCCAUCUCCUGGUCUCGCCAGACUCGGCCCCCCGCUGCCGUGAGCGGCCGAGGGGACGCGGCUAACCGCUCCCGAAACCGCAGCUCCUCGGUGGACAGUUUCCGCAGCCGCUGCUCAUCCGCCGGCUCCUGCAGCGAGUUGGAGGAUUUCUCCGAUUCCCUUCCUAGGGGCGUUCGCCGCCCGGGGAAGCCUCCCAGCCCCACCACCUGGGGCGGGUCCAACACGCAGCAGAAGCCCACCCCUGUGGAACGCAGCCGCCAUCAGAGAUGCCUGACCAAUUCGGGGGGCUGGGUCCCUAUGAAAGAGUACAGCUCCGACCACCAGGCAGCAGACAUGGCCGAAAUAGAUGCCCGCCUGAAGGCCUUGCAGGAAUAUAUGAACCGACUGGACACACGGUCGUGACCUCGACCUGGAGUACUGCCCCUCCAUCCCUCACCCACUGCUGGAUUUGGAGUGGGGGGGCGGGGCUGGCGGUUCCUUGCAGCCCUGCUCAGGCUCCUCUCCUGCUGGUGCUACCAGGGUUUCAGGUGUGUGAGGCCUUGGCCCCCCCACCCCCGCCAUGCACUGCAUGCUGGGAGGGAAGGUAUGUGCAUUUUGUAAAUAAACUAUUUGCUGUUGGGCUC